CAACGCAGUAACUAAACAUAAGAUAGCAGAAGUUGCCACUAGCGUCUUACGUUAGCAUUGAUAUAGGGAAUAACAGUCUUAUUUUACUCUCGUCAGUGGUGGCACAAUACCCAUCAAUAUGGUCACGCAGGCAGUAUCUACCCUGUCUCUUUUUGCUGUAAUGGUUACCACAGAAUCAGCGGUCACCAUCAGGGCUGUGCCGGACGAGGUUAGCGUGAGGAGAGGUGAACCGUUGGAGUUAUCUUGUGGUAUCGAAUACGAAGCUGCUACAGUCGUCCAUACGGUACGAUGGUAUAGGGGAAUUCAUUCAGAUAUAUACGGUGAAAUUAAUGUCGCAACCAGGUGUGGAGCGGUACACUUGGCUUGUCCCGCAGUACAUACCACUGACGAGCGUGGGAUAAUCCGAUUUGAAAGAGGUAGGAAUAACGAUGCAACAUUGACGCUGGCCAUUGACAGUAGUUCUUUUGCAGACAGCAUGACUUUCUAUUGUGGCAUUAUAAUAAAAGGAGUUGAUGGUGCUCCAUUGCAUGAGUCCUCAGCCGUAUAUGUUUCUGUCACUCGUUACACGACCACCGGGGCCAAUCCUGCAAUCCCAGGCACCACACGGGAUGCUGGAACAUUGACGAGCACCGUCCCGAAUGUUGACGCAACGACGACUACCGCCCCCAAAACUGAUACACUAAUAAGCACAACAAGGGACGUAAAAACAACGACUGUCACCCCACCCAAUCCAACGACCAGUGAAAACGGAGUGCAGACAUCCCUAGCUAAUCAAAAAAGCACCCAGCAAAGCGAAGGGCCGAGCAGCGCAGAAUAUUCUCCCAAUCUGACAAGCAGUUCACCGGCGAAAGUGGCUCAGCCCACCUUUCCGUCUCCGACCGGGUCUGUAGUAUUUGCGACAGCGAGUUUCACAAGACAUCAAACUUUACGAGCCUCUACACCAUCAGACAGAACAACGCCCUCCUUGAUGUCAACAGACCCCGUACCCUCACCCCGCACUUUGCUCCUUGCAGUAGCUGGCGGGGCUGGCGGUGUCAUUAUCAUUCUUCUCGGCAUCGUAUCGUACCUCGUCGCAUCUAGGAAGAAAGCAAACGGGAGAGACAACAGAUAUACAGACGCGAGCAUUUCCCAGGCCACAGUGCCUGACACAAGGAAGACAAACAUCCAGGGGACUAGAACUUGGGGUUAUCAGUUCCACAAGUCACAAGGCAGACACGAAUUGAGCAGUGAUACCGCCAUCGCACCAGGGGAGUAUGGACCAACCGGCCCGUCCUCCCCAUCGCCGGCGAUCGCCUACGAAGUGGUUCCCUUAUUCGGCUUGCGACAGUCGCCACCUCCAGAGGACGCCAGCGAUGACAACCUGUGCGAUUUCAGAUGUACAAAGACAUGGAGACAAGACAGGAGUGAAGACACGGCAUCGGCAGAGGAAAUUGUCGUGAGACACAAGGCUCCACUGCGACAAGAUCUUUGGGGCAGGGAAAGGACCGCUGACAACCCCAAAGUGAGACGGCCCGGUCCAGCCGGCUCCCCCGCAGUGCCUCGCCGCGAUGACUCUGACAGCAGCAGCAUUUACGACUGUGACCGGAAGUUCGUGGACAAUGUCCUGUACGCGGCAUCUUCUGACAGCGCAAUCGUCCGUGAGCAAAAAUUUGGCCAGAGUGUUUUGAGCUCUCAAAAUAAGGUCAAAGGGAAGCCAAGACUUGACCCGUUCUAAAAUGUUAGUGGGGAACUUUUUCCUGAAAAAUGUAACACUUAAUCUGAAAAUGCAAACAUUUACAAAAUGCUUUUGUAACUGCUUAAUAACUCCCCUCCCACACUUUUUCGUCCGCUUGUCUCUCAAUAACACCAUCUGCAUAUAUCUGCAUAUAUAAAAUAACUUGAAGCCCACUUGUGGCAAAUGAAUGUCUAUGACAAGUCUGCUAGUCACAAAGUAUAAAGCCCCAAUUAAAGCGCUUAUAGCGUGUUUCAUAUACCAAUUUCUACUCCGGUUAAUUGCAUGAAAAAGAUUGGAUAUCCCUUUUGCUUCUGUUAAAAAGUGCAUUGUUUAAUACGCAUUUUUUUCUGCAAAAUAAGGUACUGUGAUGUGUUGUUAGGGAAGGCUCUGUUCUUUUUAUGAUGGGUUAGUUUUUUUUUAAAGGUUCCAAAAAUGUACUUACUGAAAAUAUAUUUGAGAAAUUAUGGUUUCUGGCCUAGCGUUGUAAACUACUUUAGAAUAGAAUACUCGUCACUAAAGAAGAGAAGUACUAAGACAAUGAAUUGUAUAAAAUUUGGGCGAAUUUUGGUGUUGAAAGACAUUCAAUGUUGAGGUUUGUUCUAGAACGACAACACGCUUUUACUACAUGAAUUUGCCAAACAUGAGCAUAAACGGAAAGGACACAAAUGCAACCGUGAAAAUAGCAAAAGGAAAAUGAAUCACUGGGUUAAAUAUCACUGUCGGCGUAAACUAAGGUUAAAUAUAAAGAUGCCUUUAUAAGGACUGCAUUGUAAAAAAAAGUGAAAAAUAGUGACAUUGUAAAGCACUCAUUCUCGAGAGGCAGUUUGAUCUGCUAACAAGCAUAAUCGAGAUUUCUACCUGAAACUAAGAGGCAAGAUUUAACAGGAUGUAGAUGAUCUUGUAGAUGACGGAACCCAGGAUGUUUUUCAAGAGACAGAGCUUUAAACAAACAAAGUUCAGAAAUAAUAGUUGUUCAUUCGUAUCAAUAAUCAAGGUUGCGGAGGGAGAUAGAGAGUUCAACUCUCCACCCCCGAGAGAAUAAAGAUAUAGAAAUAUGAAGAUA